AUGUUAGACACUUCAAGAACAACCGGCCCUGACGUCCCCGACGCCCCCGACGCCUCUGAUGCCCCCGACGCCUCUGAUGCCCCUGACGCCUCUGAUGCCCCCGACGCCUCUGAUGCCCCUGACGCCUUGGGCAUUAUGUCGAGAUUGAAGGAUUUCGAUACGUCCGAUCCCUAUCCUAUUCUCAACCAGUCCACCACGCAGAGUCGAGGCUUACCUCAUAUGAGAUCACGAUCAGCCAAAAAGAUCUCCGGGACACUGACCCUUGCCUCCGUCACUGCCAAUAAAGACCAAAAUGCACCGCAGACCAGUCAGCCACAAUGA